AUGCUUGGUCUGCUAGCAGCAGCAGCACAUGAUGUGGACCAUCCAGGAGUAAAUCAGCAAUUUUUGAUAAAAACAAAACAUCAUCUUGCCAGUCUGUACCAGAACACAUCUGUUUUAGAGAACCACCACUGGAGGUCCACUGUUGGUAUGCUAAGAGAAUCAAGGUUAUUAGCACAUCUGUCAAAGGAAAUUACGCAGGAUAUUGAGCAGCAACUGGGCUCCUUAAUAUUAUCAACAGAUAUAAAUCGCCAGAAUGAGUUUCUCAAUCGUUUUAGAGCUCAUCUUGCCCAAAAAGAUCUCAGUUUGACGGAUGCAGACCACAGGCACUUUAUGUUGCAGAUUGCUCUGAAGUGUGCUGAUAUCUGCAAUCCUUGCCGUAUGUGGGAGCUCAGCAAGCAGUGGAGUGAGAGAGUCUGUGAAGAAUUCUACAGACAAGGAGAUCUUGAGCGGAAAUUUGGUCUUGAAAUAAGCCCACUUUGCAGCCAACAAAAAGACUCCAUACCUAAUAUACAAGUUGGCUUCAUAAACUACAUUGCAGAGCCAUUGUUUGUGGAAUGGUCAAGAUUUACUGGAGGGACUCCCCUAUCUGAAAAAAUGCUAAGUCACCUCAAGAAGAACAAGGCCAAAUGGAAGUCUCUCUCACACAGGCAAUGCAGCAAGAGCAAUGACCACCUGGUACCUGUAACCGAAGGCAAAGGAGACCAAAAGAUCAGUGAAGAUGGAGCCCUCUUGUGA